AUGGAGGAGGAGCGCGACCGACACGCGCUCGGCGGCGGGAUGGAGGCCGACGAGCCCGCCAGCCCCCGGGAGCCGCCGUCGCCACCCCCGCCGCCGUCGCCGCCGUCCCCCGCGGCCCCCGACGCCCCGGGCCCCCCCCAGCCCGAGCAGCCGUCGGAGGCCUACGCGCGGCAGCUGCUGCUGGAGGAGUGGAGGCCCCCCGGCGGGAGCCUCGAGCUGCCCCCGCGCCUCACCUGGAAGCUGCUCUUCCUGCGGCGGCCGCUCUACCGCAACCUGCUCCGCUCGCCCAACCCCGAAGGCAUCAACAUUUAUGAGCCAGCACCCCCUACUGGUCCCACCCAGCAGCCCCUGGAGACGCUGGGCAACUUCCGCGGGUGGUACAUUAGGACUGAGAAGCUCCAGCAUGACCGCAGCUGGACGGUGAAGCAGCAGUGUGUGGAUCUUCUGGCCGAGGGCCUGUGGGAGGAGCUCCUUGAUGAUGAGCAGCCGGACAUCACGGUCAUGGACUGGUACGAGGACAGCCGGCUGGACGCGUGUGUCUACGAGCUGCACGUCUGGCUGCUGGCGGCUGACCGACAGACGGUCAUCGCGCAACACCAUGUGGCCCCCCGCACCUCUGGGCGGGGCCCCCCCGGCUGCUGGCUCCAGGUGUCCCACGUCUUCCGCCAGUACGGCCCCGGCGUGCGCUUCGUCCACUUCCUGCACAAGACCAAGAACCGGCGGGAGCCCGGCGGGCUGCGGCGGACGAGGGUGACCGAUUCCUCCGUGUCUGUGCAGUUCAGGGAGUGACUGGCUGUUCGGCUCCCGGCCUGUUCCGACCCCUUGUCUCACGUGUCUGCUGCCUUGACACUUUCCGGAUCCUCUAGCACCUCCCUGAUCUCUUAGCAGUUCCCUGACCCCUUGCACCUCCCUGACCCCUUAGUAUCUCCUUGUACGCUUUAUCCCUUUGGAUCUCUUAGCAUCUCUUUCACCUCCCUGGCCCUCAGAAGUCCCCAGCCCUUAGUGCCUCCCUGGCCCUUUAGCUCUGCCCUGUUGUCUUACUGCACAGCACCACCUGUUUCCGUCAUACCUUCACGACCCCUCAGCUUCUCUUUGAUCACUUACCACCCCCCAGGCCCCUGGUUCCUGCCCAGCCCUUGAUUUCCGACGAAUAUCUUCCCACCCCCUUGAAUGCCCGACUGGCGUUUCUUCUGCACUCUCUGAGCUCCAGGAGGGCUGAGGGCAGCGACCACUUCUCCCCGAGCCAGUGCUCGGCAGAUAGUAGGUGCUUCAUAAAUCUUUGUUGACGGAUGAAUAAAUUCAC